GUAGUGAUGUUUGAAAGCUGAAAGCAGUACUCGUAUAUACACAAUAACUAUUUGAUUUUGUGUCCAUUAUCCUGUCGUAUUGUGUGUAUUUGCCGCAAUUUUUGAUCGAACAUUAAAUGAAGAGUAUCCUUCUUUACAUUGCGAAUUGCAUUAUGACCUUUUAGAUCGUAAUUUUCAGAGCAGUUUAAUAAACAUUCAUAAUAUUUCUGUAAUUGAUCAUAUGUUGUUGUCAAAACUGAUGAAUAUCACAAAUACUUUAGUGAGCUUGACAUGCGUUGCUGUAUUGUCUGAAGUCGCCUAUCAAGUCUACAAAAGAUUCAAAAGGAGGCACACAAAAGGUAGCCUAACUAAUGCUCUCAUUCAAUGCUACAAAUUAGCGAAUGAAACUGAACAAUUAAAUAAAGUUUUAUUUUUCCCCGAUCCCGGUUAUGUGUGCCGCCGGACUCUUUCAGGACGCGAGUGUCGCAAUAAGAAUUGUUUUGCGGCGCACGACGACACAUCUCUGUGCUGUUUGCUGAAAGUUCUUCAGUUGUGCAAAGUCAAAGUGGAUGUGUGUGUUUAUAUGAUGACUUGUAGUAUUCUUGCUGAUUCUCUGGUGCAGUGCUCAGAGGAGAGAGGGGUAGCCGUGAGAGUCAUCACAGAAGAAAAGAACAGCGGUGAAGAGGGUGGCGAAAUGAUAGGUGCACAAAUUGGAAAACUGAGAUCAGCCGGAAUUGCAGUUCAAUGCAGCUCUUCGUCUUAUUGGAUGCAUCAUAAGUUUUUAGUGGCUGAUGAUGAAGUUUUAGUGAACGGUUCUUUCAACUGGACAAAUCAAGCUGUCUUGGGAAACUUUGAGAACCUCAUCGUAACCAGUGAAAGAGAUCUUGUUCAACCAUUUGUUACAGAAUUUGAGAGAUUGUGGGAAAAGCUUUCUUCCUCCACUGUUGAGGCAAAUAAUGUGUCUGUUCAUUAAAUCAAUAAAAAUUUAAGAUCUGUUUCUA